AUGACCAUCGCCGUAACCUCCAUCCCCGCCAGCAAAUACGAAGCCCACUACGACCCCAAGAAGGUCCUUGCCCAUCCAGACUUCAAGAUCCUUGAAGAAGGGGCCCCGGAAUUGGACAGCAGAGAGGAGAAUAUAGCGUGUACUUAUAAUCCACAGCAUGAGGUGAAGAUGGUGAAGAAGGGCAAGGUGGAGCCGGGGGAGGGGGAGGUGACUGUGCAUGUAAAGGCGACGGGAAUUUGUGGAUCCGACGUCCACUUCUGGCGACACGGCGCCAUCGGCCCCACCAUGAUCGUCUCUGACACUUGCGGCGCCGGCCACGAGUCUGCCGGUAUCAUCACCAAGAUCGGCCCUGGCGUCACCCAAUGGUCUGUCGGCGACCGUGUUGCCAUCGAAGCUGGUGUCCCCUGCCCCUCGGUGGUAUUCUUCUCUACCCCGCCAUACCACGGCACCCUCACCCGAUUCCACAACCACCCCGCCGCAUGGCUCCACUCCCUCCCCGACAACCUCUCAUACGAAGAAGGCUCUCUCUGCGAGCCCCUUGCCGUUGCCCUCGCAGGACUCGAGCGCGCUGGCGUCCGUCUCGGCGACCCCAUCGUCAUCUGCGGUGCAGGCCCCAUAGGUCUCGUAACCCUCCUCUCCGCCCACGCGGCAGGCUGCACCCCUAUCCUCAUCACCGACCUCGUCCCCUCCCGCCUCGCUUUCGCCCAAUCGCUCGUUCCUUCCGUCAUCCCCGUCUUGAUCGACAGGCAAGACACGCCUGAACAGGUUGCGAGCAAGAUCAAGGAGAAGGCGGGUGUGGAGCUUGGGCUGGCGGUGGAUUGUACCGGGUUUGAGAGUAGUAUCAGGGCGGGGAUCUAUAGUGUCAAGUUUGGUGGAAAAGUCUUCGUAAUCGGCGUCGGUCCUUCCGAACAAAGCUACCCAUUCGGCUACUGCUCCGCCAACGAAAUCGACCUUCAAUUCCAAUACCGCUACGCCAACCAAUACCCCAAAGCUAUCCGCCUCGUCUCUUCCGGUCUGAUCAACCUCAAGCCGUUGGUGACGCAUAGGUUUGCGUUGAAGGAUGCGUGCAAGGCGUUUGAGGUGGCAGGGGAUCCGAAGGCGGGGGCUGUUAAGGUGCAGGUGCAUGAUUAG